CUUCUGGCGUCACAGAUUCCCGGGGGCGAGGCAGCACCGGCGCUAUAAAGACCUGCUGGUGCUGAGGAUGGAAGCGCGGUGCUGAACCAGAACCAGAACCAGACAGGGGGAGCAUCCAAAAUAAUAUUCAUUACAUUAAAAAAAAAAUACACAGCUAAACCUAAACAUGGUGAAGAUCACCUUCCAGUCAGUUUCGGCGCAGAAGCCGGAGAAAGAUCAGGAUGUGGACAAGAUCGUCAUACCCCAGGCUCACGGGCGUCUGGUUCCUCCUAUGAAGCCCAGAAAGCCCUUCCCAGUGGGCUUGUGCUGCCUCGCAGUUGGCCUGGUCAUUUUCACGCUGGGACUGGUGCUGCCUUCCAUUUACAUCUACCGCUACUACUUUAUGUCCCAGCAGAUGCCAGAGGACAGCCUGUUCCACUGUCGAGUCAUCUAUGAGGACUCCGUGUACGCUCCAAUGAGAGGACGCCAAGAACUGGAGGAAAACGUGGGCAUCUACCUUGACGAGAAUUAUGAACAGAUAAGCGUCCCCGUACCUCACUUUGGGGGCAGCGACCCGGCCGACAUCGUCCAUGACUUCCAGAGGGGCCUCACAGCCUAUCACGACAUUGCCUUGGACAAAUGCUACAUCACCGAGCUAAACACGACCGCCGUGAUGCCUCCGCGCAGCCUGUGGGAGCUGCUUGUUAACGUCAAGAGGGGGACGUACCUUCCCCAGACUUACAUCGUCCAGGAGGAGAUGGUGGUGACUGGCCGGUUGAGGAACAUGAGACAGCUGGGGCCCUUCAUCCACAGGCUCUGCUUCGGCAAAGAGACGUACCGCCUCAGACGCCGCAACCAGCGCCAACGUAUCGAGAGGCGCGAGACGAAGAAGUGUCACAAAAUCCGUCACUUUGAGAACACGUUUGUGGUCGAGACCGUCAUCUGCGACCGAUUCUAAAAUCUGAGGCGGAAAUCACAGCCAUCCGACACUGAAGCCAAUUUCAAACCAUACCUCUUGAAUUUCUUAUGCGUUUAAAGCUGCACUUUAAGAGCAAAAUGUCGUCCUUUAGUUUCAGUUUCCGAGUUUUUGUCGCAUUUUUGCUCUUUUUAUUGUCCACGUCCUACUUUUUCAUUCGGGUUGUGUUCCGUGACAUGUUUGGAUUUAUCUGUAGCUCGUCUUGUAGAGCAGGAGACCAGACUUGUUCUUGUACUUUCUUGUCAAUAUUUGUUUCCUGGUCACAUUUUGUAUUCUAUCUAAAGAGAAAAAACAUACCUCAUGUAGUUAAGAUAUUAAUUUUGCUUGUUGUCAUAACUGAAUUGUGUGUAUAUAACUGAUUGUUCCUAAGCAAUAUACAUAUAUAUAUAUAUAUAUAUACUGUAAAUUAAUUUUCUUCUUAAUACCACAGUGUUACAUGCAUAGAUUUUUAUCAAAACCUGUUUUGGGAGAGAUCAUUGAUUUAUGGUUCACUCUUUUUUCCUUUGGUAUCACAUUUUCGUACUCCUUGGGUUAUAAAUGGCUUUAGACUGUAAUCAGUAGCAGUGCUGUAGUGGGACAAAGGGAACCAAAGUCUGCAGUCAGUGAUGCUACACAUAGUUGUAAGGGAUAUAAUAUUUAUAUUGAAGAGUGCUUUAUUGUUUAGAUCACUUACUGUAGAUGAUAUCAAAGGCAAAAACCUACUUUGUUUUGCUCUUCCUCCUCCUCCUCCUCACUCAGAUUUAGCUGUUUGUCUUUCGCUCUCGCCUCUUCUCAGUCCUUUCUAAGUUCCGCUCUCUGCAGCGUUGACACGUCCUAUCGUCAAUAUCCCUUUGGGGUGUGUUUAUGAUGUAUAUGUGCUCAUAUUUCACUGUUUUUUGACACUUUAUCUUACUGUACAGUCUCAAUUCUCUUGUAAGAUCUCGCUGCUUUAAAAAUAAACUAUCAAACUUU